AUGCAUUUGAUCACCAACGAGACCAUCUACCGUGUCACCAUGGAGUGUGCUGUCAAAGCGAUCAAGAUUCUGAAGAAAGUCAUCAGCAGAGGACCAUGCCGUUAUAAGUUGGGAAGCAAGACCGACAAUCUUGUCCAACUCUACAAGAAGAUCCACGACGAAUAUAAAGACAUGAUUCUAAAGAUGGACAUCAAGAUGAUGCCGUCCAAAGCCGAGUACCUUAUCGAAUGCUGGCUCAAGAAAGAUGCUGCCCAGAAGGCCGCUCAAGAACACAAGGAUCGCAAGAAGGAGAGAAAAGCCGCGAGAGUUGCUGCUGCCGUGUCCCGUCAAUCUGCUGGAUCCCCAACCAACUCCUACACCCAAGCCAUCUACAGCAACAUCAUGAAGCCACGUGUCGAGGUCACCUACGAGAAUCUCCCAGCAUUCUACUGCAGUGACGAGAUCAUCAUCUAA